AUGAUUGCCGAUGGUUCGGAUAAUGCACGGAGACACAUUGUUAUGAACAUCGACCAGUUUAAUUUUGAGGUACGCGACGGGAACCUCAAUGGGGACGUUGACUUCCAAUCGCAGACGUGUACUUGUCGAGAGUUCGAUUAUUUUAAAGUCUCGUGCUCCCAUGCUAUUGCUGCAGCCAGUUCUCGUAGCAUAAAUCCGUACACACUAUGCGAUGAGGCGUACACGGUCAAUAGCUGGAUGUUGGCAUAUGCAGAACCAAUAUUUCCAGUGGGUUCAUCCUCAACAUGGAAGAGUUCUCCGGGGUUUGUGAAUAUUGAUGUUCAACCACCGAAGAAGGUCGUUAGGGUUGGACGGCGACAGACGGUGAGGAUUCUUUCCACAGGCGAGGUCCGUCCACCGUGCAAGUGCAGUCGAUGUGGUACAUCGGGACACAAUCGUAAAACUUGUCGCGAACCACUAAAUACUGUGUAG